AUGAUAGAUAUUCCAGUUGAAAGAAAAGAGAAAAAUCCACUUCACAACAUCAGGAAGAAUGACAAUGAGACUUAUGAUUCUGAAUGCUUAAUAGAAGAGGAAAAAGAAUUGAAACUAACUCAAGCAAACGGAGUUUUGAAUCUGAUAUAGUCAACCUAUCAAAAUGAGUAAAUUAAGCAGUAGACACUUGUUCAAAGCCUCAGCUAACCAUCACCGUUUUCACUGUUCUCAACUGCUCCUGAUACUUCUGGCUAUGUUGAGAAGGAGUUAAUGAAUUACUUCAAUGUCCAAUACUAUGGGAAACUUUACCUUGGCUCCCAAUAAGAGCAGAUGACUUUUAUCUUCGAUACAGGCUCAAGUUGGCUAUGGGCUCCAACAACAGAUUGCACAGGUGCAAAUUGUCAUCCAUCUGAGAAAUAUGAUACAAAACAGUCAGGUUUUUACCAGGUAUUAGCUGAUAUUCCAACAAGUAUCAAGUAUGGCACAGGUGGUGCGGCAGGCUAUCUGUCUAAGGAUUAAGUAUGCUUAUCAAAAAAUCAAUCGACUUGUAUGAAAGACUACAGCAUUCUUUCUGUAUUCAGGACAAGUGAGCUCGAUUCUUUGUAAGCUGAUGGAAUCUUAGGUCUAGCACCUUCUAAUCAAAGAACUAAAUCCUCAGUGUUUGUUGAGGAAUUAUUUAAACAUGGUAUCAUAAAAGAAAGAGUAUUUAGCUUUUAUGUGAGCAAAGGCUAAAGUAGCAGUAGAGUUACAUUCGGGGGUUAUAAUAUGGAUUACGCUGCUCCUGCUGCAGAUGGAUAAAACCAAAGUAUAACUUGGAAUUACUUAAUUAAUUCUAACUAUUGGAGUCUCUCACUUGUAAAGGUAUCUCUCGGAGAUAAAACUCUAAAAUUGUCUACUAAGUCAGCCAUCGUAGAUACCGGCACUUCAUUUCUCUUAAUGCCAAGCAGUGAUUUCAGUCAAUUUUUCUCUUACUUCUCAUAAAAGAUGCUUUGUGGAAUUGAUAAGACCUACAAUUUAUAUUUCUGUCUUUGCACUCCAGAGAAUCUUAAGACAUUCCCAUCUCUUAAGAUUCAGCUUGGCAAUAAUGUUUACUCAAUGCCUUGGGAAUCAUACAUUUAAAAGAUAAUGAGUAUGGACUUCCCUUAUGGAACAGGAUUCUGGAUAUUAGGUGAUAAUUUCCUAAACAACUACUAUACAAUUUUUGACCUCGAAUAGCAAAGAGUCGGUUUUGUGGGAUCUGUGGCAUACGAAGAUAUACCAAGGAGUAUUAUGGAUUACAUCCAAAUGAUUGUGGUUGGAUUAUUGAUUCUUAUCAUUAUUUAUGGAGGCUAUCAAAUUUGCUUUAAUAAUAACAAAGAAUCAGUCAAUUAUAGAGAAAUUUAAAGGGCUAAUGCUAUUUCUGAUGAUAGAGAAAACAAUCACUAUGUUCAGUUAGCAGGAGAAUACAAUGCCCCUCAUCAAACUAUUUCACGAGCACACUCUGAUCUCUUAAGACAACCUUAAGCAAUUAAUGAAAAUUAAAACAAAGAUCAAGGAAGUAAUCAAAGACUGAUUGCUUGA